AAAGACGAGAGGAGGAGUGAAGGUCCGCCUGUGCUGUGAGCUGCUUGCGAUAUUAUCUCAGAAUACCUUUAUCUGAAACCCCUCCGUACCGACACACAGUCCACAGACAGAGAGUCGUCGGUGUCGGUUACCUGGACGAGUGUCACCUGCAGGGAAUAAAAAUAAGUCUCCUAACUUGCUUUGCAGGGUUGUUCUGAGGUCGCUCUGCUGAGAUGACAAGGCUGUGACAGUGUGUGUCCAAGUGUGUCGGUACUGGAACAAGUCCUGUGACAUGGCUGCCGCGAAGAAGAGUUGUGCCAAGACAGGAGGCGUUCGCUUCUCAGAGGAAUCCCCCGCCGCCGCACACCCGACACAUGUUCACUUCGACGAGAAGCUGCAUGACUCCAUCGUCAUGGUGACACCGGAGGAUGACGGCAACUUCAUGGUCAAGGUCGGCUUCCUGAAGACGCAGCACCGGUAUGAAAUAGUGUUCACGUUGCCCGAUGUCCCGGCUCUGGGGAAGGAUGUGUGUCCAGCGCCAGUGCCCAGUCCACACCUCCGGAUCACUGAUAUCACACCGGCACCAGAGGGAGGUCUGAAGGUGACGUGUGAGUACAUGGCGCAGCAGGAGGGCGUUCUGUGUGAGGAGGUGCUGCUGCUGAGCGAGACCAACCAGGACGUCUGCGUUAAGGUCAAAGUUCACGCCAGAGUCAUGGAUCGUCACCACGGUACGCCCAUGCUGCUGGAGGGGGUGCGCUGCAUCGGGGUGGAGUUGGAGUACGACUCUGAACAGAGCGACUGGCAAGGAUUCGACUAAAGAUCCGGCUCCACUUCCACCCAAAGUACACACACAUAUACACAAACACACACACACACACACACACAUACCUGCCGUCAGAGAAGUGUACACAAAUACAGCAAGAAGGUAAACACACUAAGGAUUUAGUGCCACGCAAUGUCCAAACAGUAUGUUGAGCAGCCCAGUGUUCAGUGUUGGAUUCAGAGGAAACGUGCGUCCUGAGAACGUUUACACACAAAAACAUUCCUCAACUGCAACAUCAACAGCAUCUGAACACAGUUUCCUCCCAAUCCUCUUUUUGUCACCUUGAUGUAUUCAGUUGUACUUUCCUUACUGAGCCUCUAGAGGGCAGCAGCGCUCUUUGAAUCCGAUAUCAGAUCCCUUUUCACCUCUUCUCCUGACAUAUACACUGAAUGUGUUCAAAGGUAAGGGAGUAAACAAGGGCUCUUUUAUUCAUAAAGUAGCUUCAAAUGGACCUGUAGCAAAGGAAUAUACAUCGGGGGGAAAGAGUUUGUCAAAGCUGAGCCUGUAAUGUCUCUGUUUCACCACAAGGGGGCACUACAGACCAUCAAGUAAAGAUCCUUCAAUCUAAAGGCUUUUUUCUUUUAUUGGACAAACUCCUUCAGUGUGGUCACAUUUCUCCAUUUAAAGGUCAAAUCCAAGUAGAGGGCUUUUACACUGCUCUAUAUCGUUACCCCGAGACAACUUAAGUUACUGAUUUUUUUGCAUAUCCCAGGAAAUCCCAAACAACAUGUGUGAACAUUAGCAAGAAAGAGAGCAAUAAAAACAGAAGAGAAUAUUGCUUCAAAACGUGCGUCUGAUGUUUAGCGUUUACGUUUAAAAACCCUGCUAUCAAACUUCUUUACUGUUUAGCUAAAAAGACGUUGUUUUCCCCCCCACCUUCCCCACAAUUAAAGACAUGUUCAACCAAAGCAACAUUAACAGUUAAUAGGUGUAAAUCAACUGAGAAAUCUAUCCUUAGCCAUUCAGAAAACCUUUUUUUUUCAGGCUCUUAAAUUUGAUAUCUCCGGGCUCUGGGGUGUUUGUUAAAAAGACAGCACUUUGCAUAUUUUUCUUUAUUCUCUGACGUUGGACAGGCCAAUCUAAUUGUCUACUAAUUAAGAAAAUAAUAGUAAGAUUAAUCACUAUUUUAAAUCAUCUUGCGUUUAAGGCUUGUGGGUGGAUUUGUCCAGCAGAGUUUGUGAAGGAUUUAUUUUGUCUUUUGUUUGAAUUCAUCUACAAAGCCUUCAGAACACUCAUGUCACUCAAAGUGCCUUUCAUUGUACCGUCCUGUCAUUUCCCUUAAAACCCAGAUGUUGUUUUUACCAUCACAUCCUCUCACACGGGAAUAACACUCGCACCAGCUGCCUGUUUGUUGUCGUUUCAGUGUUGAAUCCAUCUUCCAGCAGCUUUGCUCCAACAGGUGCUUCUGUCUGAUCACAGUACGAACCACACAGAGCUGACAGGCAUUGAGGAUUCAUUCAAUUGCCUGUCAGCUCUGCCUAAUUUACAUUUGUGCCGUGAUCUGGCUGCACCGCCGUCUCCAAUUUCCUACAAAAUCCUAACAUUUCCUCUGUGAGAAUCAACAGUUUUUGUUACACCAUAUUGAAUACAUCGGUCUUAAAGGAAAUGAUUCUGUGUGUAACUUCUCUACAUAUUCGACCACAAGCUGUCGGUUUAGUUCAGAUAAAGAACAUGUAUUUGAUGUUUGCUUUAUAAUGUCUGCUUUAAUGUAAAACUGAAAAUAGGUUACUGUUCCAAGAAUGUAGCCGUUUGUCUUCUGUGGGUGUGAUGUGUAUUUUUUAAUGUUGAAAAUAAAUAAAAAAAGUGUGUAUGA